AUGGACAGUGGCUUUGCUGGAGGAGAGGAUGAAAUAUAUAAUGUUUAUGACCAGCCUUGGAGAAGUGGCAAGGAUAUGGCCCAGAACAUCUACAGGCCAAGUAAAAAUAUAGAUAAGGACAUGUAUGGUGAUGAUUUAGAGGCUCGAAUAAAGACUAAUAGGUUUGUUCCUGACAAAGAGUUCUCUAACUCAGAUCGUAACACCAGAGGGAGGGGCAGAGAUGGACCAGUUCAAUUUGAGGAGGAUCCUUUUGGUUUGGACAAGUUUCUGGAAGAAGCUAAGCAACAUGGUGGCUCUAAACGGCCAUCAGACAGCAGCCGCCCUAAAGAACACGAGCAUGAGAGCAAAAAGAGGAGGAAGGACUGAAUGCUUCUGCUCCUUGAG